AUGACGGGCAAAGGUCCCACCAUUGUGUGCGAAUGGCUCAAGACACUUCAGCUUUGCCAGUACGUGGAAUCAUUCGUGGACAAUGGCUAUGAUGACUUGGAAGUAUGUAAACGAAUUGGGGACGCCGAUUUGGAUGCUAUAGGUGUCUUCAGCCCUCACCAUAGACAGAGAAUUUGUGCCGCAGUACAGAGGCUGAAAGAGGGAAAUAAAGAGACAGCCGACUGUGUGUACUUCACCUUGGAGCCAAUGCCCACCUCCCCGGAUAUCUCAAACUCCCACAAAACCGAGUACCACGCAUCCAAACUGAAAGGAUGUAGAUCAUGCACCGAGACCAAAGGCGACCAAAGCGUUCGAAGGAAUCUGGGGGGAAAGCAUACGAACAGGAAUGUCGGCACUCGUAAAGAACCGGUGAUUUAUCCCAAACUCAACCUGAAGAUCAUGAUCAGAGAUAAACUGGCAAAAGAUGGAAUUAACCUCAGCCAGCCUCCCUACUCUAAGAAGGAUGGCUCUCUGGGGAAUAUUGAUGACCUGGCACAGGAGUAUGCAAUGUUUUACAACACCUGCUUCAGUGAAGUCUGUGAUCGCAUGGAGGAGCUUCGCAGACGCAGAGUGUCUCGGGACAUGGAUCCAGGGACAGCGGCUAUCCACUGAAGCGCUGGCUUCUCACCCCAUUCCCAAACCCACAGAGUGCAGAGGAGAGGCACUACAACAACGUCCACAGUUGGCCGCUUUCCACCAUGGAGCGCACCAUCGGGCUGCUGAAAGGGCGAUGCCUGGAUGCAACAGUCUGCCGCAUUGUCAGGGCAUGUGCUGUACUGUGGAGGAAUGGACUCCCCCAACCCCCUUAAAUUUGCCUGAUGACCCUGACCCUCACUCACCAGACUAUCAGCCAAAUGCUGCUGCUCUGCAACUCUGUGUGGAUGUGAUGCAUCACCUGUGAUAUAAUGGGUAGGCUGCCAUUCAUGAUAUAACAUUUUUUUUUACUUUGAGAGUGGAGCUCAUUUCAGACAAUACUGUUUUUAUUUCUCUCAAUUCCACAAUGAAGUUGCCGAUUUCUAUAAUUGUAACCGUUUGUGUCUGUAACACAGCAUCAGUCAGGGCGUGACCACUGGUGCCAGCACGUGGCACAAGGGGGUGGCUGAAGGAACGGGGUGCAUUGGAGUUGCACUGGAGU